GUGUUUUUCAUAGAUGUCACUAAUGUUUUAUAUUGCAUCCUUUUUCCUCCAAUGGGAUCGUAGUACGAGAAAAGAAAGAAAGAAGGGAGUUGUGAUUUUAUAAGUAUACCUAUCAUGUCGUAUCGUUUGUGUGCAAGUUCUUUUCUUUCAUUCGUUAUUUGCAGUGUUUCACUUUGUAAGCAUCGGAUUUGGAUUGUGAGAUACUAGUUUUGGAUUUAACUCCAUUGUGCAAGCAAAGUUACCAAUUGGCAAAAGGAGAGAAUUUGGUGAUUGAAGUUGCGAAAUACCGUGCAGUGUGUACAUGAAGAUGAAACGAACACAUAUUAUUGUGUGACCUUUUUGCAUCUUCGAAGUGUGUCAAUAAGUGUAAUAAACCAAUGAGUAAAAGACAAAAACAGUAGCCAAACUGAAUCUACCUGUUUUAUUGCCAGUGCCGUAACUUUUACAAUGGGGCCCAAAGGGGCUCCGCCAUAAAAUUAUUAGUCGGUUGUUAGACUAUCGUAAAACAAUAAAAUAAGAUUGAUGACUCUGGGCACAAAAAAACCAAUAGUUGAUGAUGGUCAAGGAGCUCCAGGUGUCAAGGAGGCCACCGAGCGAUGAUACGAGGCUGGUCGCAAGCGAUGCCAGGUGGAGUCACGUCAGUAGAUCGCGUCACGGCGCGUUCAGCUAGUGAGGAGCCAAGUUACGCGGCGUGUGAUGUUUGUGCGCAAUGUCAGGCAAGCCCGCGAGUGUGGGCGCGUCGCGAGCGGGCGUGCCGGGCACUCCGCGCGUGGUGGUGUACGUGGCGGACCCGCGCCAGCUAGAGCCCGGCGCCGCGGGCCCCGACCCGCCGCCCGUAGCCGCUCCCGCUGCGCCCUCUGCGCCCGCCGGCGCAGCGCCGCCGCAGGAUACCCUCUAUAUCCCUGAGAACAUACAUCACCAAGUCAAUUUGUCUAGAAACACAGUUUAUAGAUCACAAAUUGACAGAAAUGAUCCAAGAAACUUGCCUGGUAAUAUUUUCUACAAACAGCUAAAUGAUAAUGAUGGGAAGGUAAAUGUUUAUGGUAUGCCUGAUAAUGUUACACGAAGAACAGAGUUUUAUCCCGUUUCACAGCAGUAUAUAAAAGACCCAUGUGCAAAGAAUGAAGACACUAGAAGUGACCAAUUGGGGCAUCCAAAUGUGAAACGAGACUGUGCGGAGCAAUUAGGUACAGAAUUUAGUAGUGUAGAAACUUUUCAUACAAGAGUACCUGUAGAAACAGUGGAUCUGGCAACAUAUCAGGCAAGAUGUUCUGCUCCCAUCAGUUCAGAUAGUACAAUGAAUUCCAUGCACCCAGCUGCUUUGCGUCACGGGCAGAGUCAGUAUAGUGAGAAUGUAACAGUUCAGAGUGCUGGUGAGGGGUCAAAUUGUAGUGAAAGAGAGUUAUCUGUGUGUAAAAGUUUUGUGAACUAUCAAUUCUUAGAACAGAGUGUAUCUCAUCAGUCAAUAGUGAAUCAGAGUAUAAGUAUACUAAAUCAACAAGUAGGAGUGAGUAGAGGAAUAGUAAGUGAAGGUGACAGUGGUAGUGCACCACAGCUGGUGAGGACUGCGGAUGGCGUAGUACUGGCAGUGCUGCCUGGGCAAAUCCUGUCCCACCCACCUGACAAUUCUGAGCUUAGCUCGAGGACAGUGGUACAGAGUGACUCUCAACAAACAGUAACUGUGCCCCUAGGUUGGAAGAGGAUAAUCAGUGGCACAUCAGUACUCUAUGUUAGUCCAAGCGGAACAGCUUUGAGUACUCUUCCACAACUGCGGGACUAUCUCCAGACUGCCGGCACUUGUAAGUGUGGACUCCCAUGUCCAUUGAGGCCGGAAACCGCCUUCAGUUUUGAUCCUAAGGUGGUGAGUAAGCCGUAUCAGGCAGCUUCAGGCGCUGAGCUGACCAAGCUGUGCAAUCACAAGCGGAAACUGUUGACGACGCUGCAAGCGCGUUCGCAAUCCCCUGCAACUCCACCUCCGCAAACCAUGGAUCAGAAAAAAAUAACGAGCUCAGAAGUAUCCGUGCUAAAGAAAAAGACGAAGAAGCGAGCAGGCUUCCCCACAAACGCGAGCGUGUCACAAUUGAUGGUACAGAGGGAACAACCGCGCAACGAGUUCAAGGGACCAGAAACAGAGUUGAACCGCGAAUCCACAACUGUGAUGGGGCCUCAAAGAUCAACAAACCAACAUUGUGUGCCUUCUUACCAGCCAAUGCAACAAAAUGUACCAAAUACUGCGUCACAAGAUAACGAAAUGAAACAAGAGACGCACGUGCAAAGAAGUUCCCAUUACCUGACGGUCAAUAGUGGCUGGAUAUCUCAACAUUCACAGCAAAUUGAAGAUUUUGAGGCUCAGAUUUCACAAAAAAGGAAUAUCAACUCACCGAUUAAUUCACCUUUGCCUGGGUUGCCAGUGCGAGGUGCUAACGGCCAAAUAAUCGGCGUGAAUACCGGGACAAAACAAUCAACACACCUGAAAAACAACCCCACCAUGACACAGAGUGUACCUAGUGGUCCUGAACCAGAAGGCAAAGAAGAAAAGAAAGAAUUAUCUGUUGUACAGCAAAAUGUACCAGGCAAAUAUCCCUUUAAAGAAGAAGAAUCACAAAUGUUCUGUGGCUUUAAUCAAGCUUUAACACCAGAAGUAAUGCAGAAAAUUAAUGAACAACAACAAAUAUUCAUACAGCAGAAUCAAAAACAGAUUGAAAUGGCCAUGAAGGGAUAUAGAACUCAAUUGGCAGAAAAUAUGAACCAAAAUAAAUCUCAAAGCCAUGGUCAGUAUGUGCCACAAGGACAGUUGGUUAUUCAAAAUGGUACAGUGAUGAAAACCAAUCCGGCUAAAACGCCUCCAUGGCAAGUGAAAAGAAAUGAACCUAACGCCUCCAACUGUAUGACCAGUCCUAGUUCAAAAUUGCCUAAAUCUGAGAAUGACUAUGAGGAAUCAAAUACAAGUAUAUCAGAAGAUUCAUCUUCCUCAUCUUAUAGUUCUUUCUCGAGCAAUGAACCCGGCAAUCCAGGCAUGUGCUCCCGUGUGCCGCCCUUACCGCAGCAUUAUAAUAUGAUGGGUCAGCAGUGGCCAGUCGUAGAUACAAACAAAAAGAAAGCAAAGGGCAAUAAUAGUAAGAGUGCCAAAAAGAAAAAUAAUACAGAGAACAAAGUUCUCACAUUUGGCAGCAAUGGCAUGAGGAUGAUACAGGACCAAAAAGGAAUGAACGAUGAAGCGCAAAUCAAUAGUGUUCCAUCAUUCAUGGACGACCCGAGCGGUUAUUUGGCUCAACAAACUGUUCUAUUAAACAAUACUAUCUCUAAACAAGUUGGAAUGAAUUCUUCAUACGAAGCUAAUCAAUAUGAAGGUUCUAACGCCGCCAGUUGUGUCAUGCAAAAUCAGAUGGAUAAAAUAAAUGCUAUGUCUAAGCCGGGCGAAUCAAACGUGUAUAGGAAUAAUGUGCCAAAUCCGUCACAAUCGCCAUCGAGUACACCAGACAGCAGCGUUUUGUCUGAGAAAUCUGGGGAUAAUACCAUUCCACAAUGUUGUAAAGGCUGUAAUGUGUCUAUGAAGAGUAGUAGCCCAGAUUUUUCUGAUAAUCAAAUGCGCCUUAAAUAUAUGAAACACCAUAUGUAUAAGAUGGAAUUAGAGAGUAAUUCUACGACAUCUAGUCCUAAACAUUCGUUUGAAGACAAUCCUGUUACAUCGUCGACGUUCAUUGAACGGAGUCCAAUGCUUAACGAUAAUUGUGGACCCAUUCAAGCUGCGACCGUGAGCACCAGCAAUGUGUCGAUGACGGAGACGCUGCAGCCGCCCGAGCCGUCGCCCACGCUGUCCAACAGUUCCCGCAACACAGACACGCCGCACAGUAAUGGCAGCAACAGCUCACAAAUGCAAUCAAAUUGCAACUACCCCAUGCCUAGUCCAGCUUAUUCAAACUCUGGCUCUUGCAGAGAUAACUUUAGCAACCCUUCAACGCCUGGCAGCAAUCAAAUGUACCCUUAUAACUCGCCUGGACCGCCUAACAGCAAUCAGUCUAUGACUGGAACUCAAGUAAUGCAUUUCAUAUCUAAUCAUAAUGUCAAUAAAAAUCUCAUGGAAGUUGAUAACAUAUCAAUGGUUGGCGUAAAACCUGGUUUGAAACCCUCACAAGAAUUAUUUAGGUUGGAGCCAAGAAGGAGAAUGGAGAAUACAAUGCCUGGGUACUGCCCGCCGCCUCACUUGGGUGGCGGCCCCGCUCACACGUUGAUACAAGCUUGUUACGUGCAGACCUUUGUCACUACUAUGGCGAGCGGAUUUUCCGUCACUCGGGAUACUGUCACCUCAGUCUUAGCCGGAAAAGCCAACACCGCUACUACAUCCAUCAAUGCCUCUCAAGCUAAUUUCAUAAGGCCACCUCCGCCGCCUAGUGUGAAUCUAGCUACUACAUACGCCAUUCCAAAUAAUCAGCCAGAUCCAUUUAUAAAUGCUGUUAAUUUACCAACCAGCUAUCCUCUGCACAUAGCUGGCACGACAGCACAGAACAUGAUCUCAAAGUCACCACUAGAAAUGGUGCAAAAUGUAAUCGGUAGUUUACCCUCAAAAUUAGAAACGAGUAGCUCGCAAACAAUGUCUCUAUCGCAUUUAAAUAGGAGAACAUGUUCAACAACGCCUGGGCAAAUAUUAAUAUCGUCAACUGGACAGAUUAUGGUAUCGAAUAAUCAAAUGCCACCUCCACCACCGAAGACGUCGACAACAAUGGCGUCUAUACAGGGAAAUAUGACAAAUGUGACCACGUCAGUGACGCAAGUGGUGCCGGCUGUGGGGGGAAUGCAGCCCAUGGUGAACCAGCCCACGGUCGUAGUCAACACGCUGCCGGCGCCGUUUGUCAUACAGCCGCCCAUGAUGGCUGUAGACGGACAAGUCAUGCAACAGAAUAAUGUACUGCCACAAAUAGUUGCCGGGGGUAUUGUGUCUGGACAGUCACCAAAUGAGAAUUCCCGCCAAAUUGAUGUCAAAAACCAGCAUAGUUUUGUGCAGGGUGUCGCAAUGUUGUCGCCUGAAAGUUUGAAAAAGCGAAGUAAGAAAAAGAAGAGUCCAGCAAAUAUUACGAAUGUUUUACAAAUAACUGCCCCUCAGCAAAAUCCAAAUAAUAUCAUGGUUCAUCAUUCCUCUCCACAACAUAAUACUAGUCCUCAGUUUUCCCCUCGUGGUUUCCAAUUAUCUCCAAAUAAUAACAUUUCGCCAACGCCUAUGUUGCAAGCGUUGACUAUAGUGCCCGGGAAAUCUGGAACACCAGCACAUAUUGUAAUGAAUGGGCAAGGGAACGCUAAUAACUUCGGGUCCCAACAAAUAAUUACGAACACUUCUCCGUCGCAACAAAUCAAUCUACUUCAACCCGUUAAUCUCAUCAAUAACGCAAGUGGCGUCGUGCCGAACUUCCCCGCGUUCCAGCAGUUUAUCGUGCCCAACCUCGGCGGCAUGGUGAUGACGGCUGACGGCACCGCCAUCAUACCAGAUAACUCCUCAGGGAUGCCUAUGCAGUUACAGUUGCAAACAGUCAACGGCCAAAAUGUUUUAACCCCUGUACAGAAUCCUGGUGUAUUUGCGGCUGGCACAAACGGUGGUGUGGUUUUGCGAGCUCAAAAUCAGCAAGGAAAAAUAAUACAAUCCCAGCAUAGUCCGGGAGCCCAAUUCAUAUCCCCUAACAGUCAAGUUAUGAUGAAUAGUCCCAAUUUUAAUGGCCAACUGAGCCCUUUGCUAGCCAAUUUGAGCCCGACGAACGUCGCAUUCAAUAACCCGCAAGUAAGGUCAAGUAAUAUGCAGACACAAGAGUUCAUUCAGACGAAUCAAAUGGGACAAGCUUUAAUGGUUCCGCUGUCUCCAAAACAAGUCUCGCUAUCGUCUGCAACAAGUAACCGCGGCAAUUCAACGUUCGUGCACCAGAACACAACGAUCGUGCAGCAGCAGACUACUCUAGUGUCGAACUCUCAUAACACGCAGAUGUCGUCUAUAACGACUAAUUUGCAGGGGGGUAAUGCGUCUCGUCUGAGUAUAGAUCCGAAUAUUUUGUUGGCUAAUAAGUCGAUGGCGAAUAAUAAGAGCAGGGGGAUUGCGGAGUCACCGCCGAGUAACGUUCAGGAUGAUGUUAGGGAGGAGAAGCAUAGAGGGGUGGCGUUCGGGCGCGGACAGGGCGAUAACGAGGUGAAGGCAGAGGACGGGUACAUGAAGUUCAUGAGCGAGUUCCCUUUGGGCGCGGGCGGGUUCCCGCACGUGCGGCACUCGGUGUCGACGCAGACGCUCGUCAACCAGCAGCGCGGCAAGUCGCCCAGCGCACACGCCGUCGGCAGCCCGCCCGACACCACCACGCACAGUCCGCUGGGAGCCCUGGAGGCGGCGGGCAGCCCGCGCCUGUACGCGGCUCGCUGCCUGUCCACGCAGGCCAACUACGCCGACACUACCACCAAGUCGCCCGAACCCGCGGACGCUAGCUCUUCGGCUAUGGUGCAGUGCGUGUCUAGCAGUGAGCAAGAUAUGGCGGAAUCGCGUGACCACGCCUGGCCCGUCACACGAAACGAUUUCAAUUCCGACACGGACACGCAAAGCAUGAUUUCAAACACGCCCAUGAUGCGGCAGAGUCGUUCGCACAAUCCCGUAGAGUCUACUGACAUGCACUUCAACCAAAACAUGAACUCUUCGCCCAUGAACAACCAACAAGUCAUGCCGAUGACGUCUAACUACUAUGACAGAAAUCAGGCCUACAAGAGAAAGAACGAUUUCAGCGACGCUCCAUACAGACCCGACAAAAUCAUGCGGACUCCUAACUACAACAUGGUACACGGACUACAGAAGGAAACAGAUUAUGAAUCUAUGGGUAUGACCUCCCCAGAUAAAACACAGUCAAGACAUUUCCCCCUUUCUGGCACGAGCUCUGACUCUCUGCCGAAAGUAUUCGAUAGACAUAACAUGGGGUCUGGCGAUGAUGAGCGGUUCAGAGUGGGCGACGUGGUGUGGGGCCCGGCGCGCGGGCACGCGUGGUGGCCGGGCUCGCUGCGGGCGCGGGCGGGGCGCGGGCGCUGGGCGGUGCGCUGGUUCGCGGCGCAGGGCCGCGCCGUGCUGCCCGCCGCGCGCCUGCUGACCCUGUCCGACGGGCUCGACCUGCACCACCAGGCCAGCACCAAGCAGCGGAAGAGUAGAAAACUGAACACCUUACUGGAGAAAGCGAUUCAAGAGGCGAUGGCGGAACUUGAUAAGAGAGGCGGCAACUCGGGCGAACGGGACGACAGCGCAGAACCGACCGACGAUCUCGAUGACGUCAGCGAUGUGCCGCGCCAUACCAAGAAACACGAGAAGACGAGGAAUAGAGACAAACAUCACAAGAAAAAAUCAACGAAAACCACGUCAAACCCAACCACUUCGGGUGAUGGCGCCAGACUGCGCAGCUCACGAUGACGGCCCAAACUCUCAUCUGCUCUGUAAGCACCCCCUGUCUUGUCAAGCCGGACACUCAGAACAAUUUAGUUCAUGAAACGAUUCGUUUUGCUUUCGGCCGGUAGAGAUUUGUCAUAAGCAUCAUAGAAUAAACCUCAAGAAACUAUCCGUAAGCAUAACGAAUUGAUUCUUAUUUAUAGGAACCGGUUAUAAAGUCAUGUCCGUUGCCGUCGGGAACUGAAAUAGUUAGGGUUCUUUCAAAGUGGACGUUCCGUGUCGAUGCGGCAACCGUGCGGUUUCGAUACCGUGCCGUUUGUCAAGCCGCGCGGUUGCCGCACCGUCUAAUUUGAAGGAAGCUUAGCUCAGUGUCCAGCUGAUUGUUCAGUGCGCCCUUUGAUUCGGUGUAGGAAUUUGGUACAGAGUCCGCCUUAUUCAGACGUUAUGUAGAUUUAAAUAUUAUAAAAUAUAAAGUUAUUGUAACGCGAGAUCUAAAAGUUUGAGACUGGAUACUUCGGAUGACGUAACAGAAAUCACAAAAAUAAAGUGGUUUAUUUGCAAAAUAAAUUUCAUCCCUUAAAAUGCAUCACAACGACAUUUCAUUAUACAAUUUUAAUUUAUAGACAUUAGUUAGAACAAUGAUGUUGAGAUUCAUUAUGUUAAAGACUCUUGCUUUAUUUCCAGCUUGUAUAUUUAAUAUACCGUUCAGUGAUUAUAUACCAUUCCGUAUUACCUAUCGUUUAAUUGGGAUCACUGUAUAUAAGGUUCGUAAAGUUUGUGUUCUAAAUGUGUCAUCAUUGGAUCAAAAUUCCUUCUAGACGUUAGAUGUUCCUAAAAUAUGCAAAUUGUUAUAUUUCCAUUCUAUCGACGAGGUAAGCAGUGAUUUAUCACAGUUUGAUAUUAAAUUAUAAAUAAAUGUGCAUUGUUUAGGUGUUGCGAUCAUGAUUUAAAAUCAUCGUUGUUUCACAUUAUAUGUAUUAGGGUAAGUAAAGGUCAUACUUUAAGUAGGUUUCUCUCGAUAUUAAAGAAAUUAAUGAAAUUCCACACCCGUCAUCGAUGUAUUGUACAAUUUUAGUGAACUGUAAAUUGAUAAGAAAUUAUGCUAUAUAUCUUGUAAAUUUUAUGUGUUUUGUUAGAAAAUAAUAAGUAUAACAUGAUUUCUAGUCAAAAUAUUGAGCAUAUUAAAAUGUAGAUAUUAUAGAUGAGAUAAUUGACAAUAACACUGGCCUGGCGAGUGUCGGCGCUCUGCGUCGGCAUUGUUUCGGUUGAAUAAUGAAUAAGUACAGUACAUAUUAGUUUCGACAUUGUGCUACUUGUUUGCGUUCAUAAUUUUAUACUUUUGUUAAUAUUUUAGUAAUAGUCAAUGAUACAAAUUAUUUAAAUGGGAAACAGAAACGAAAACAUUUUUGAUAAGAUACAGUCAGAUUUUUUAUCUAUACAUAUAAUUAUUGCUAUGUUGUGUCGUAGAAAAAAUACAGCAGACCUAUUUAUACAUUUUGUAUACAAUUUUAAUAAAGUAAUCUUGAUUAUUGUAGGCCUACAUAUAAUACGGAAAUAGUUCUCAUGUAAUGAAUGGCAUUGGACGUUUGUGUUACAUCGAUAGUAGGACAUCACAGCGACGAUCAUGCGUUAGCGCACGUUUAGGAAUUAAUCUCAUCAUCUCAUUUUGUUCUGUUUUAUUUACAUAAAUUAAGGAUAUUUCUAAGUGUCGCUUAAUUGAUAAAAACAUUGAUUUGUGGUACAAGGGAGAUUAUUUUAAAUCAUUUCUAAAAUGCUUUUUAAUCACAAUAAUUUUUAGAUAAGACAAAGUUUAAAAAAUCUAGGUAAUGUUAACUAAUAGGUCAUGCAAUGAGUACAUUUUGAUAGGUAAUUUGUUAUCAACAGUCAUUGUUAGAUUUAUCAAUGUGCAAAAUUACUUUAUGUGAUCUUUGGAUGUCCGAUGAAUAUAUCAAGGAAUUAUCAUAGCUUACUGUUUUAUAUACCUAUCGUAUUUUAUCGUAAUUUAGGGAUUCCACUUAAAUUUUUCCUAACUAAUAAAUGUGACUCCAAAUAUCGACAUAGUAUUUAAAUGUUAAAUGGAUAUUGUUUAUUAUAUUAUAGUCUGAUAGCACUUCCCUGUGAGAUGGUAUUAUGUACAUAAUCUUAAUGUAGUUAUGUAUAGUAUUUUAUUUCAAUGAAAUUAAUGUUUUAUAGACUAAUAUACAACAUAAGAUUAUUUAUUUGUUUUGCUGUGUACAUAUUUUUUUCAAUAAAAUGUACCUGUUUUAUUUAAA